AGAAGAUAAAAAAAAAAAAAAAUCAAAUAUUCUUUUCUUCUCUUAUUAUUAUUAAAAAAAUAAUUUGACAUAAAAGCAUGGUUAAUCAAGAAAGCAAUACUCAAACCCGUACACGUGGUUCUUCUUUUAGUCAAUCCAAGCCUAAAGUACUUAGACCCUUUAACACAGCUGAAGUCAAGAUUCUUUUAUUAGAAAAUAUCAAUAUUACUGCUGUAGAAGCAUUUAAAAAGCAAGGUUAUCAAGUUGAAACCUACGCAAAAGCAUUAGACGGUGAAGAAUUAAUUGAAAAAAUUAAAGAUGUACAUAUCAUCGGUAUUCGUUCAAAGACAAAACUUACAAAAGCAGUUUUGAAUGAAGCAAAAAACCUCUUGGCCAUUGGUUGUUUCUGUAUUGGUACAAAUCAAGUAGACUUGAAAGCUGCUGCUGAUCAAGGUAUUGCUGUGUUCAAUUCUCCUUUCAGUAAUUCAAGAUCUGUUGCAGAAUUAGUUAUUGCAGAAGUAAUUGCACUUGCUCGUCAAUUAGGGGAUCGUAGUAUGGAAAUGCAUCAAGGUAACUGGAACAAGGUUUCUAAGAAUUGCUAUGAAAUUAGACACAAGGUAUUGGGUAUUGUGGGCUAUGGACAUAUUGGUUCACAGCUUUCUGUUUUGGCUGAAGCUAUGGGUAUGUCUGUUUAUUUUUAUGAUGUUUUACAAAUUAUGCCUCUUGGUCAAGCACGACCUGUUGAUUCCUUAGAAGAAUUAUUAUCCAUCUCCGAUUUUGUUACACUUCAUGUUCCAGAGACGGAAGAUACGAAGAAUAUGAUUGGUGAACGUGAAAUUAUGAAAUAUAUGAAAAAGGGAUCUUAUCUUUUGAAUAAUGCUCGUGGUAGUGUUGUUCAAAUUCCUGCACUCAUAAAGGGAUUGCAAUCAGGACAUCUUGCUGGUGCUGCUAUUGAUGUUUAUCCUAAAGAACCUGCUAGUAAUGGACCUCAUUUCACAGAUUAUCCUGAAUUAUUAAAAGCAAAUAAUUUACUUUUAACACCUCAUAUUGGUGGAUCUACUGAAGAAGCUCAAAGAAUGAUUGGUAUUGAAGUCUCUUCUGCUUUAACAAAGUUUAUUAAUGAAGGUACUUCACUUGGUGCUGUCAACUUUCCUGAAAUUGAUUUACGUGCAAUUUCUCAAGACGAUAAAGAUACAGUUCGUGUUCUUUAUAUCCAUCGUAAUAUUCCUGGUGUUCUUAGAGCUAUUAAUGAAAUCUUUGAAGAACAUAACGUUGAAAAGCAAUAUUCGGACUCUAAGGGUGAAAUUGCUUAUGUAAUGGCAGAUAUCUCCAAUGUUACACAGGAACAUUUACAAACACUUUAUAAUGCUAUUGUAGCUACCCCUGCCAACAUUAAAACUCGUGUUCUUUAUUAAAAUAAAAAUAAACAGAAGAAUUAAAAAAAGGUUCUCUCUUGUUUUUCUUAAAAAAAAAAAAAAUUACUAGUUGUUGCAAAAUGAUAUGAGUGAAUGGGUAUAUGCAUUUAUUUUAAAAAGAAAGUAGAAUCUCCGACUACAAUAAAUAAAUACUGC